AUGGCCUUGGAGAUUGGUGCAGUUCGCGCCUCGGGACCAGCCUGGGAAGAAGCCGCAUCCGUAUACGCCAUCGAGUGGUCCCGGUACGUCCCAGAGGUGUUCAUCUCCUGUGCAGCAGACUGGACCAUCAAGGCCUGGCACACGGACCUUCCGAAGCCCUUUUUAAACAUCGCCACCCACUCU